AGGCGCUCUCCAAGCUGCAGGCCGCCGCGGGGAUCAUGGACAGGCCCAAGGUGGAGAGGCUGGACUGGAUGUACGAGCAGAGCGCCCUGACGCAGAAGACCGACGACGAGCUCAUGAACACGGCGGUCGCGGCCGAAAAGGACAAGGAUCUGGAAGACGUCAAGAAGCUCGGGGAGAACACCGCGGGCUCGCUCUUCCUCAAGAGCGCGACGAAGACGACGGAGGACACCCUGCGCAAGCUCAGGGAGGACCCCCUAUUCCAGAUCCGGCGCCAGGAGCAGGCCGCCAAGGAUGAGAUGUUGGCCAACCCGCUGAUCGCCGCCAGGCUGAGACAGAAGAUGGAGAAGAAGGCCAAGAAGGAUCAGAAGAAGCUGAAGAAGGCGGCGAAGAAGGAAAAGAAGAAGAUGAAGAAGCUCCUGAAAAAGGAGAAGAAGGGCGUCAAGAAAGAGUCGUCCUCCAGCAGCGACGACAGCGGCAGCAGCGCCGGCGCGGCGGUGGCCAAGCCGCCGCCAGCGGCUGCCAGGGAGAGGAGAGGGACCUCGCCCCCCCGGCGAGACGAGCCCUCCCCGCCGAGGAAGAAGCCGCGAGGUGCGGAGGACCUUGCCCACUUGGGCCCCAGCGGCGCGCUGAUAGACAAGAAGGCCGAGAACGCGGCGCUGAUAGCGGAGAGGAGAGACAAGGCGCUUGCCAGCAGAGGCGCAACCAAGCGCCUCUCCGAGGAGGAGAGGAAGGAGGCCCUCGAGCGGAUGCGCGGGGACGCGGCCAGGCACGAGGCGCUGAAGGACCGGAAGAUUGCGGCGGCCGAGCAGGCGGAGCGUCAGCAGGAGGAGAAGGAGGCGUCCAUGCGCAACAAGAACGAGCAGAGCUACUUCAAGGACGUUCGCGCGAAGGCGUACGGCGACGAGGGCGCCACCGUGGCGGACCGCCUCCGCAACCAGCGGCAUCGCAGGCAGAAGCACCUCAACGACCCCCUCGAGCGGGGCGAGUGAGCGGCGCCUUCCCCUGCGGCCGCACGGGGACCGCCCGGCUGCCGUCGAGGCGCCGCCCCGCCCAGGUCCGCGCUCAAAACGCCAUCGCCGCCGCGGCAUCACGAGGAGGGGGAG